AUGGCCACUAAGAACAGAACAGAAGUGACUGAAUUUGUGUUGUUGGGCUUAUCCAGCAGGCCAGAGAUGCAGCCAGUUAUUUUUGGAAUUGUCCUAGUCAUGUACCUGAUGGCAGUUAUGGGAAAUACUCUACUAGUACUUGUUGCUUGUUCAGACCCCAAGCUUCAGACCCCCAUGUAUUUCCUUCUCAGCCAACUUUCCUUGACUGACAUAUCUCUAACAACCAUCACGGUUCCUCAGAUGUUGGUGCACACACUGUCUGUGAAUAGAAGCAUUUCCUAUAACCGCUGUAUGAUACAGCUGUUCUUCUUUAUGGCAGUGGGCAGCAUGGAAGGCCACUUACUGGCUGCCAUGGCUUAUGACCGCUAUGUUGCCAUCUGUGACCCUUUAAGAUACUCUGCCACUGUCAGUCAUAACCUCUGUCUACGAAUAACAUUGACCUCAUGGGUUGUGGUCAGCCUUAACAGUCUCCUGUACAGUUUGUUGGUCACUCGAUUAACCUUCUGUGACAACCAGGUCACUCACUUCUUCUGUGACAUCACUCCUCUGCUGAAGCUCUCCUGCACUCAACCGGUGGUCAAUGAAAUCUUAAUCUUCACUGAGGGUGUAGCUGUGGUGGUCAGUCCCUUCUUCUUCAUUUUGGGGUCCUAUGUCUGCAUAGGUGUUGCUAUAGCCCGCAUGCAUUCAGUUGCUGCCCUGAGCAAAGCUCUGUCCACCUGCAGUUCUCACAUUUUGGUUGUGUUGCUCUUGUAUGGCUCUGUGAUUCGCAUGUACCUCAAGCCGUCCUCUAGCUAUCACUUAGACCAGGAUCGCCAGGUGGCCAUCUUCUACACAGUAGUCACUCCUAUGUUAAAUCCACUAAUCUACAGCCUCAGGAACCAGGAAGUUAAAGGAGCUCUACGGAGGUUUUUUAGGAAACUUUGCAUCUCAGGAAGCUUCCAGCCUGACUCUCAGGCAAACGAAGAAUGCCAAUACACAUCCUGA